CUUGUCCCGAGCGCACAACUAGCUGCGCACAUACAUUCUCUUCCGAAGGAUAUUGUCAUAUGCGUGAAUGAGAGUGCUAGGGAACAAAGAUGACGACGACGCUGCACCAGCAGCUUCACAAGAUACCGCCAGCUUUCUCAGACGGCUCGCGGGACCGUCCAUUAUGAAGGCGGGACUGGCCAAGGAUCAGACAGAAAUUAACAGGAUCAUAGCAGAGGCUUCAAAGGGAUCCAAGUUCUACGAGAACGAAAAACGGAAAGACAAAGAGUUGACAGAGCGAAUAGCAAGGAUCAUAAAGGCGCGGGACGAUGUUCUUCGCGAGGCUGACAUUGGUACGUCUCUAGCGAAGAUGGAGGUCCAGCGCGACCUGAGCCAGAUCAUUGUACACGUUGACAUGGACGCCUUCUAUGCCUCUGUCGAACUGCUCGAUGACCCUUCGUUGGGGGAUAAACCAUUUGCGGUUGGUCAUGGCGUUAUUUCUACGGCGUCUUAUGCAGCACGGAAGCACGGCGUACGCUCAGGAAUGGCCGAGUUCGUCGCCAGGAAACUCUGUCCUCAACUCGUCGUGGUGCCCUGUCACUUUUCGCGCUACAUGGAGCUCUCGAGGCAAGUUAUGGACAUCUUCCGGCGGUACGACCCCACGAUGUGCGCUGCCGGCUGUGAUGAGGGCUAUCUCAAUAUUACACCGUAUUGCGAAGAAUAUAUGCUGAGCGCGGACGACUGUGUCCGCGGGAUGCGUGAGACAGUGUUUCGAGAGACAAAGCUGACUGUUAGUGCAGGUAUCGCGCCAAAUAAAGUGCUCGCCAAGAUUUGCUCAGAUAGGAACAAACCCAACGGCCAGUUCGCGCUUGAUUUCACACCCGCAGCAGUCAAAGCGUUCAUGCACGACCUUUCCAUACGCAAGAUUCCCGGUGUAGGCCGGGUGAAUGAACGACUUCUCGACAGCGUUGGGAUUCAAACUUGCGGGGAUAUUUACACCCACCGCGCGACGCUCGCGCUCAUGGAUAAAUAUUUUGGACUGCACUUCCUUCUGCAGACAUACCUUGGCAUUGCGUCCAAUGUCGUCCAGCCGGGGCAGCGCGAGGAGCGAAAGAGCAUCGGCGCCGAGCGGACGUUCCACACAAUAUCUUCAAAGGAGGACAUCCUAAGGAAGCUUGAGGAGGUCGCUGCAGAGCUUAACGAAGAUCUGGAACGCACGGGCUGGACGGGUAAGACAGUGACGCUCAAGUACAAGCUCGAUACCUACCAGGUGUUCACCCGUGCUAAGUCCUUCGAUCGCUGGAUCUCAACGAAAAAAGAGGAUCUCUUUGCUACGGGCAAAGAGCUGCUCUUGCCGGAGCUGCCCCUCCGCCUGCGCCUCAUUGGGCUCCGGGUCAUGAAACUCAAGGACCUGCGCGUCGACGCGGAUAAGCCAGGAAGCAUCAGGCGGUUUUUCGAAAACGCAGGGAGUUCCCCGCGCAAGAAACGCAGGCUCUCAGUCGCGGGACAGAAGGAGCCGAACGACCCAGACGAGCUGCAGCUCACGCAGGACGGAUACGAAGAUGCUAUGCCUGGGUUUUACGAGCACGAGGACCUCGAGCGCGAUGGCUUUGACGAGGCCGAUCACGACGCUAAUUUGCCGACAUCCAAGCCCACGUCAGCAGCAACAGAACACACCUGCCCCGUCUGUGCACGCACCUGGGCAACGGACAACGCGGGCCUGAACGCGCAUGUUGAUUACUGUCUCAGCCGCGGCGCGAUACGCGAGGCACAGCAGACAGCGAGUGGUGCGCCGGGUGUGCUGAAACCGCUGACGCUGGGCGCUAAGGUAGGGAAGAGGAAGAGUCAGUACCAGUAGGAAUAGAGCGUGUAUCUAGGCUCGGACGUAUACCAAUCUGUAUCGAUAGAACGCGCAUAAUAAUGUAUCUCACAGACAGAAUUUAUGCAUUAUGCAGCCUCUGACGAGUUUUGACACAAGAGCCAAACCAUACCUGCAUCGGCUGCCAUCAAAUUUCGCUUGACAAAUAAUCGCACGAUAAUGAAGGGUAUAACGAAGGGUACUAAAACGAGGGUGCUAAUGAAGGGUGCUACAGCGAAGGGACUACAACUUUCA